AUGAGGCUCCCCUCGCUGCUGGGGCUGAUAACCUGCACCCUGGUGUUAAUGAUGUUUGGGUCCUGCCGUCCAGCACCGACCUCAGAGCAGCCCAGGAUGGUGUUCAUGGAGCAGUUUAGUCUUCCAGGGGUCGGGUUCAACUGGAGAAAUGUUACCUGCCCCCUGUGCAAAGCACUCUUCACCAUCGUUGAUAUCGCCCUUCUGAGUGACGUAAAUGAAGAGCGAGUAGCACAUGCAGUUGGUGAGGCAUGUAUCCGUCUCCAUCUGGCUGAUGAGCAAGUGUGUCGAGAAAUAACAGAGUUGUUCAGGGCAGACUUCAUCCGGGCUCUGCAGCAGUCCUUACUGUGGCCCAGUGAAGCGUGCGCCCUGCUGGUGGGCCCUUCCUGCGGCAAAUUUGACAUCUACGACCCCUGGAACAUCACCCUGCCAAAGGUCCCUAAGCCCCCUGUCACACCACCUUCUCUUCCCAAACCUGGUUCUCCACAGAGCAGGGUCCUGUUUCUAACAGACAUCCACUGGGACCAGGAGUAUGUAGUCGGCAGCGCAGCAGACUGCAAGGCCCCUCUGUGUUGUCGCAAAGACUCAGGCUCCCCCAGCUGGAGGCGGAGGGAGGCUGGGUACUGGGGAACCUACAGUAAGUGUGACCUGCCUCGGUGGACGGUGGAAAACCUCCUGGAGAAUGCUGCCAGAGACGGACCCUGGGACUGGGUCUACUGGACUGGAGACAUACCAGCACACAAUGUUUGGGCUCAGACCAGGAAACAGCAGCUGUCUGAGCUUACAACUAUCUCCAGGCUCAUCCAUAAAUACCUGGGAGCAAAUGUGACAGUUUACCCUGCUGUAGGGAACCACGAGAGUACACCUGUAAACAGCUUCCCGCCACCCUUUGUUCAUGGCAACAGGUCCAGCGCCUGGCUCUACAACACCAUGGCAGAGGAAUGGGCACCAUGGUUACCAGAGCAGGCUUUACAGACUUUGAGAUAUGGAGGAUUCUACACAGUGGAAAUUCAGCCUGGUCUGAGGGUGGUCUCUCUGAACAUGAACUUUUGUGCUCGAGAAAACUUUUGGCUGAUGGUGAACUCUACAGAUCCUGCUAACCAGCUGCAGUGGCUGGUCCAUAUUCUCCAGGAAAGUGAGGACAAGGGGGAGAAGGUACAUAUCAUUGGUCACAUUCCACCUGGCCUGUGUCUUGGCAGCUGGAGCUGGAACUACUAUCACAUUGUCAACAGAUAUGAAAGUACAAUUACCGGACAGUUUUUUGGCCACACACACAUGGAUGAGUUCCAAAUGUUUUAUGAUGAGGAAACAAUGACCCGCCCGUUGGGAGUGGCAUUCAUUGCUCCCAGUGUCACUACUUACGUUAAUCUUAACCCAGGUUUCCGAGUCUACUAUGUGGAUGGGAAUUACCAAGGCAGCUCUCGGCUGGUGCUUGACCAUGAAACCUACAUCCUGAAUCUCACAGAGGUAAACCACAGUCCAGGAGAUCCACGUGGCCCGGAGCAGAACCCCAAGUGGACACUGCUGUACCGCGCCACAGAGGCUUAUGGUCUGACCAGUCUGUUCCCCUCCGACUACAACGGGCUGAUGCAGACCUUUAUAAAAGAUGACCGGGUCUUCCAAAAGUUCUGGUACCUCAGACAUAAAGGACAUGUGUCAGAGCCCUGCAAAGAGACAUGCAAAACUACACUGCUCUGCUUUCUGCAAAGCGGGCGGUAUGAUGAGCUGGAGCAGUGUGACCUACUCCACGGUUUUGGAGGGAACUUGGCCCGGGCUGCCAGAAAAACCCUCUGUUGAUCUGAGGAAGUUUGGACUGAAUGUGUGGGUGAGGAAAAAGCAAUAUGACCAAAAAAAAAUGAAAUUGAGCCGAAAAAAUGUGUCUUUCUUGUUACUAGUUGGUCAACAAGGACUGUUGAAUUUGUUCAAUGACAAAGUCCCCUAAGCUAUUACUCAUUACUUUUGACAGUUGGCUGACUUUGUGAACCUGACAUUGAGUCUGAAGAGUUCUGUUAUACCUUGUGGUUGCUCAAACAUCUGACUGUGAUUGUAACAGGCCUUUGGUUUGUCAACUGCUGUUCUGCAACACCAGUUUCGCAAAGACUUCUCUGUUUACUUGAAAUGCACAGUAUUGCAGGAGUUGUGUAGUUUGAUCAAUGUGGUCAUGGUUUUGGCAGUUCUACUGAAAUGGGUGCCUUGUAUCUGGAAAAAUGAUGCUAAACAUAUCUAUGCUAAACAAUCUUGCAACUUUAAAAUGCUGUUGUGCACAGAAUAGCUAGCACCCAGUCUCAAAAUUAUUCUUGAUGUUAACAUCCUUCAAAUUGAGCUUCAUAACAUCCGAAGACUGAUUUAAAUUUAUUUUAAAGCCGGAAGUUUAAGCAUUAUAAUUGAUGAUCUCUUAGUGUAGGCCUGUCCCACAGUGCAGUGUUAUCAUUACAUUUUCCGGGAUUUGAAGGUUGUAAAGCAAAUCAGUAAGCCUUUUACUUCAUUAAAUGUGGUGGAUUAAUGGAUCUCAGGCAUCACUUUUGGCUUAUGUGAAUUUGCUUCGCAGCACACAGUAUCUUCGCUCAAUCAUUUUGUCUUGGGACUUUUGACUGAGAUAUAGGUCACUUGAUUACUAACCUUAAUUCGCUGCACCAUCUGCCUCAGCAUAGAUGUCUUCAAACCUAAAUAAGGAACAGUAUUUCUCAUUGAGGUUUACUUCUGUCUGCACUUUAAUUCUUUGUUAGCUAGUCAAUGUCAUGGUUUGGUGGACCCAAAGUGUGACGAGCAUGGGAAGGCUCUUAGAUCUUGGUCUAUGCGACUUGUGGCGUAACAUGAGCAUAACUUGUAAUUAAACUUGUAAAAUAAGAAAUGAUUUAGAGAGAAUGUGUAAAUUAUGAAUAAAAGAUGAAAUCUGA